AUGUUUUUCUUCUGUUUGUUCUUAUUAUGUCCGACACUCGACAACGCCAGGUGUUUUCACAGAAAUACAGAAAAAUACAAAUUUGGAUCGAUCUUUCUUGAAACCAGCCCUCUUUUUACUUAUUCUCUAUUUUAUUUAUCUUCUCUUUUUUUUUUACUUUUCUCUUCGCUCUUUCUUUCUUUCUUUCUUUCUUUCUUUCUUUCUUUCUUCUUUCUUUCUUUUUUGUUUGUUUGUUUUUCACUUUCUUUCUUUCUUUCUUUCUUUCUUUACUCUCUCUUUCUCUUUCAUUCUUAUUUGAUUUUUAUUCUUUCUUUCUUUCUUUCUUUCUUUCUUUCUUUCUUUCUUUCUUUACUCUCUCACUCUUAUUUGAUUUUUAUUCUUUGUUUCUUCUUUUUCGUUUCCCUACCUUCUUCACUUUCAUUUUCUGCUUUUCUCUUUCCUUCUUCGUCAUUCUUCUUCAGUGUCUAUCUUCAUUCUUUCUUGUUUUCUUUCUUUCGUUUUCUUUUUCUCACCUUUCGCUUGUUCCAUUCUUUUCCCUCGCUCUCCUCCCUUAUCUUUUCUUCUUUUUCCUUUUUUUUUUUACUUCUUCUUCCUGUUCUUUCUUCACUUUUCUUCCUCGUCUUUCUUCUUCGGUUCUUUCUUUCUUUCUUUCUUUCUUUCUUUCUUUCUUUCUUUCUUUCUUUCUUUGUAUUGCACUAA